AUGACUGAAUAUAAACUUGUGGUAGUUGGAGCUGGUGGCGUAGGCAAGAGUGCCUUGACGAUACAGCUAAUUCAGAAUCACUUUGUGGAUGAAUAUGAUCCUACAAUAGAGGAUUCCUACAGGAAACAAGUAGUAAUUGAUGGAGAAACCUGUCUCUUGGAUAUUCUCGACACUGCAGGUCAAGAGGAGUACAGUGCAAUGAGGGACCAAUACAUGAGGACUGGGGAGGGCUUUCUUUGUGUAUUUGCCAUAAAUAAUACUAAAUCAUUUGAAGAUAUUCACCAUUAUAGAGAACAAAUAAAAAGAGUUAAAGACUCUGAAGAUGUACCUAUGGUCCUCGUAGGAAAUAAAUGUGAUUUGCCUUCUAGAACAGUAGAUACAAAACAGGCUCAGGACUUAGCAAGAAGUUACGGAAUUCCUUUUAUUGAAACAUCAGCAAAGACAAGACAGAGAGUGGAGGAUGCUUUUUAUACAUUGGUGAGAGAGAUCCGACAAUACAGAUUGAAAAAAAUCAGCAAAGAAGAAAAGACUCCUGGCUGUGUGAAAAUUAAAAAAUGCAUUAUAAUGUAA